AUGGAUUCAACGGCAACAACAGCUACGGAUGACCCGAAGCAAAACCUUAACCAAGUCACUGAUUCGAUACAUAGACGCUGGGCGUCAUCCACCAGGUCUACCUCACCGUCUCUUCCUUCAAUGAAUACGCUUGUUUUAGAACUCGACAACAUGACUAAAUUGGCUGAGAACUGCAAUAUUCAGGUCCCUAUGGAGGUCCUCAAUUAUAAUCCGGAUGAAUUCACGGGGGAUGUCUUGAAUAGUUGCAUUGCCAAGAAUCAGAUUACCAAAGGCACAACUGACGCAUUCAAGAGUUUACGAAGGCAUCUUCUAGAGGAACUUGAACAGGCAUUUCCUGAUGAAGUGGAAGCUUACAGAGAAAUAUGUGCCACAUCUGCAGCUGUGAGUUGCAUUUGACUAAUACAUAUGUCGCAAUUAUUCAUGCAGGAUAAAUAUUCCAGUAAGUUUAUCCAUUCAUUAUUCAAUUAGUUCGAACUAAUAUUGCUGGGUGUUACCAUCAGCUUAAUAACUAUAUAACUAUAUAACUAUAUUGAGUGUCUUGUUUUGGGUUGAGUCAUUGAGUUUGUUUUCUAUACUUCAUCCAUUGUGUAGUUCUAUUAUCAUGAAUCAUAGUAAGAUAAAAUUGUUUUUGAGAAGUUUUCAAAAACCAAAGUAUAACCGCAUGAGUUCAAUGUGUAUCGCAAAAGUAAGGCUAAAAAGCUUAUGAAAUUGGAGGACAUAAAUGGUAUGAUAUGUAUGACUAAUUAAACUCACGGGAUUGGAAUUGGUUUAUGAUUGGUAAACAUAACUAGAAGUAUGGGGCUAAAGUUUUCUCUUUUCCACGACCUGAAAAACUAUAUAUUCUGAAAUAUUGGAGAUUACUUAAUUCAAUUAUUAUUUAGACUUUCUUGUGACAUUUAUACAAGUGUUUAAUAUCCCACUACCAUAUUCCCCCACAUAUCGAACCUCUGUUCCUCUUUUACUUAUCAUACUUUAACUUAAUUACGGAAUACCAAGAGAUUAGUUGUAACUCCCCAGAAUAACUUUAAGACCAUUAUCCUUUGGGUUAUUGCAUUUUCAAACUAGCAUAUUCAAGUGGGUGGUAAACUCUAACUCUAACCCUAACCCUAACCCUAACCCUUAUUGUUUAUAGGCCAGUAAAAAAAUGUU